AAUAGUAGAGAUGAGAUUAGGAGAAGAGGAGCAAUGUCGAUCUCUUCGUUGGGGUCUGCAAUCUCAAGGCCAACUUCUUCAUCAUCUUCAUAUACCUACUCUUCUCGCAUCUUUGGCCUCACUACGCCUUCUUUGUUAUGGACAAAGAACAAAUCUCACCACACAAACACAAAGCUCAAGCAAAAGCCAUGUGUUAGAAAUUCAGCCCAAGAGAUUCCACAGACACUUGAAGAAGAUUCGAAGUUUGUACCUUUGGAUCCUCAAGAUCCUCGAUUUGGCCCUCCAGUUUUGCUGUUGCUUGGCCUUCAACUUCAUGAAGCACAAAAGAUACAAGAGCUUCUAAAGGAGCUCGAUGGGGAAUUCAUGGAGAUUGUCUUCUGUACAGCAGAUAUGAUCCCGCGUUCAUUGUGGGACGCAGUUAACACAAAACAGCCUGACUUGAAGAGAGUGAAAGUCGCGGAGUCACUGCCUCGAAUCUGCUUCUUAUCUGGUUUGACAGGAGAGGAGAUGAUGAUGUUCAUUGAUGCAUUCCCAGAAACUGGGCUAGAAGCCGUUGUGUUUGCAGCUAUGGUUCCGAACAGUGCUGAUAAACCUAUCUCUGAACUAACUGAAGAAAUCAUGGGAGAUUAUGAGUUAAUGACCCGGAGGGAUUCCAGCUGAAAGUUUUGAGUGAGGAAGACAGCUUUGAAAUAUCUCAGGUUUCUGCAACAUGACUCCCUAUAAGUUGGGCAUUCCACAAAGUAUAGUGUAGUCUUCAAAUAAAGAAGUGAGAUAUGCACAAGAAUGUAAUCAUCAUAUUAAGAACUGACACACAAGUUUUCUUAUUCUAGUUAAAAGGUCACUUGGACAAAUCUCAAAUGAAGUCAAAACCAGAUCAAUCUCUUUUUUUC